AUGUAACAACGACUACAAACACAUGCAACCACCGAAGAGGGCAGAAAGUCGAGUUCAGAAAUCAUCAGUCCCUUGCGCGAGAUGUAUUAAAUUAGGAGGAAUGUCAUGAAACUUGAGAAGCAACGCACUGAUGAAAGUUGCCAUCGUAAAUCACAAGAAUUCAUUAAACAUAUUAGCCAGUCUCACAGAGAUGCCAUCAUCCCCCAACAACUCAAGUUCGAGGACAACCUCGAUGGAAGUAGAGCAACCAUCAAUUCUAUCAACUCAGUUGCUCAGCAUUAUGAAAUCAUCAAACCUAACCUUCAUCACAUCGAUUGGAAUAAGGAAAACAAUCAAAAUCAAAGCAAUAAGAACAAACACCAUCAAAAAUGCGAUUCCAAUAAACACAAAACCAAAUUUAUCCAAUUAGAUAAUUAACGUCAAUAAAUUAAUAAGACGAUUCAAUAAAUGUCCAAGUGUAAUCGACAAUUAGCCAAUGUGCUGAAAGCCUAAGUUGACAAACUAUUCGAUACUAUUAAAACUGACUACACCUAUGCUUGA